AUGAGUGGCGAAGGUGAUGAUAACAUCGAUGCAUCACGAACUGCCUGUGCGGAAAGUCUUUUGAACUUCGACUAUGAAACAGUCAAGCCAAGUUGUCCGUUUUCCGUGAAUUCUGACCCGUCGCUACUUUUGCUUCGCUGUGCUCAUUUUGCCGCAGUGAAACACACUACUGAGCGUCGGAAAGAUCCCCAACGUACGCCCUACAUCAAUCAUCCUUUAGGUGUGGCUCACAUCUUGGCAGAAGAAGGCGGAGUGACGGAUAUAAAAGUUUUGAUGGCUGCCAUGCUUCACGACACUGUUGAAGAUACUGACACGAGUUUUGAAGAAAUCGAAGAAUUCUUCGGCGCUGAUGUUCGGAAAAUUGUCAGCGAAGUUACCGAUGACAUUCGCCUGCCUGCGGUAGAGCGCAAACAGAAACAAAUUCUCAACGCACGGAAAGCCAGUUACGAGGCUAAGCUUGUGAAACUCGCUGACAAGCUGUAUAAUUUGCGGGAUAUUAAUCGAGUUUACCCUGUGGGUUGGACUGAGGAUCGUGUGCAAGCUUAUUUUGACUGGUCUUACGAAGUUUAUUGCGGGCUGAAGGGCACUAAUGCUGCUCUCGAGCAGAAGUUGGAGGAAGUGUUUGCAGCUCGGCGUCAAUUGUCUAACGAUGAAAAACCGCGCGAAUGGAGCGAGCGAUUGGAGAUCAGCCUGAAAUGCAAAGAUUCUCAGCCGGUUCUCCUGAUCAUCUGCGUCGCGGCAUCUCGAGGAGGAGCUUCAUCGCCCGUCAAGCACCAUUCGGAGCAGGAUGGAUUAUCUGCAGAAUUGCACGUCGCUGAUGAGAAGCCGCGGAUCGUACUGGAAGACGCAAAACCCGUGAUUGAUCAUCAUGGAGCUGACAAGGAUUUGACCAGAGGUCGCUCCUCGGACAAUGGAUUGCAUGGCGGCCAUCAUCGCCGGACGAAUCGACAAGGAGGAAAUUCAGCAUCUUUCGGCGAAUCGGUCAUGGCGAUAAUUGGCAACCUGAUGCGCGACAACGGACUUGGCGGCGGCACUGGAGUGAAUGCAGAUGUUGAAUUCAGCAGCGAGUUUGGUCGCACAAUGAAUUCCGUGCUCAUCAUCAUGAGGAACCAGGCGAAUGCACUUCUGCAUCUCCUUCGAGCUCUAGCUCCACUCGACCGUGUUUUGGCGGAUAAUAAUUGGCGUUCGGCGCAAACCGCGAUGAUGCGUCAAGGCACUGCCAGCACUUUCAACAUCAUCAUGGACAUUUUGCUGCAAAUUGUGCGUGGACUCACGAGGUUGAUUGGUGGUAGUACGGAAGGUGUUCUGGCUGCGAUUGGGGUCAUUUUCGUCACUGCAAAUGGAAUUGUGGAGGCGAACCGAGUCAAGUACCUCAAUGACUAUGACUACCGUUGGCCAGACACAAUGACCAAGAACUCAGCAACUGCCAGCACUGUUUUCACCUUCUUUUGUGCCCUGUCAUGUCUCAUUGAUGGAGGAAUCACUGCAUGGAAAUCCACACGCAAUGGUUGA